AUGUCAAACCCACCAUCGAUUCCUGUCCAGCGACAUGAUCCGAUUCUAUCCCACACUAAUGUACCUUCCGAGAGAUCAUCUUCUGGAUGGAUGACGACCACUUCCUCCUGGGCUAGUACAAGGGGACUUUCGGGAGAGAUGGGUCCAGACAGACCUCCACUUGCUUGGGCUGGAAUAAGACAUCAACAUCAUACAAGGGAAGAAGGUGAAAAGAUAGAUGUUGAUUAUUCCAAUCGGAACUCAUCCGGACAUUGCAAUCAAGCCGUCUUAAUCACAUGUCUACAUUUAUCUCAUUUUUUGGGUCUGAGGGAAGUGGGACAAUACGCAUGGACGACUCCAUUAGCUAAAGACCCAAUGGGAAGUAUGAUGAAGAUUAUGAAAGAAUAUUCGCAACAGGUUAAAGGAUUGUCCAAGCAUUCUACAUUAGAUGUUAGAUCUGCCCCAGACCCGUCAAAAGCAGUCAUCCAACAUCAUCUCCAAAGAGCACGUCAGCAAGCUGGACAAGAUAAUUACGUCGCGGUAAUCUAUGAUGGUCAUGGUAUCCAAGAACCUCCAACUGAACAAGGUGAAUUAUGGUGUUAUGAUAAAGGGUUUGAUGAAUGCUUGCAAAGCGGUGGCGGACCCAGCGAGUAUAUCCCUAUCAUGUUGUUCGACGUCUUGGCGUGGGCUGGCGCAUCAACAUGUUACGUAUGGGAUGUAUCAUAUUCAGGAAGAUUCAUCAAGGCUGCUCAAACAGAAGCUGAAGAAAUCGACAAUCAAUUCAGAGCGGCCGCUUCCAAUAAUCCUGCCAUAUCGAAACAGCAUCCACCUGUAUACGCCAAAAAACAGAUCCAUUUCGCUUCUUGUGGACCUAAUCAAGUAUUACCUCUUAAAAUAAAUGGAAUGCCAGAUGAUCUAUUCACAUCAUGUUUGACCAAUCCAUUGAGGAUAUCAAUCAUUUUCCACAAUUUACAAAUAUUCCCUCUGACGAAAAAAGGAGAUAGCAUAUCUUCAAGUUAUCAACAGAAACCAACGAGUUAUAUCAAUUUGUUAUGGGAUAACAUGAGUGAUAAUUUAAAAGAUCGUUUGAAUUAUGAGUUGACUGCGAUAAUUAACACUAUUGCAUGGCAAAGUUUAGAUGGUCAUGAAUAUCAAAGAUUGUUCGGAGCAGCAUCAGCAUCAGUAUCAGGAGGAGCAGGGUUAAUCAAUAAAUCUGCUUCUGCUUCUGCUUCUGCUUCUUCAAGUGGCGAUUUAAUCAAAGAAUUUUCAAAAGGAUUCAUUUUAUCUCAAAGAAUAUUAAAUUCAUAUAAUAUUAUUCCUGAGAGUAUACCAAAAAUACCUAGUUCAACUGGACAUAACCUUUGGAUUACAUGGGAUUUAAUAUUAGAUAAUUUAUUUGAACAAUUACCAAAAUAUUUCGAUCAAGGUUUUAUUGAUUUCAAUUGGGAAAAAGAACUAAAAUUGGUUUCUUUCAUGUCUGAUCAAUUAGAUUCAAUCAAUACUUCUUCUGGAUCUGGUAUUGAAUCUGGAUCUGCACCUGGUUCUGGUUCUGUUUCUGGUUCUGGUUCUGGUUCUGGUUCUGGUUCUGGUUCUGGUUCUGGUUCUGGUUCUGGGUCUGGUUCUGGGUCUGGGUCGAAUCGGGAAACUACGAAAACAAGGUCAACUUCCACCAAUACGGAAAACCAAAAGAUGAUACCUGGUUUGAGUCGAUUACCUAUAAUCUGCGCUGCAGCAAUGACUAAGACAUUUAGGAAUCAAGCUUGUCAAGCAUUGGAUUCAUGUUUACGUGUACUUGAUACAAGAGGUUUAUCGCAUGCUGUUCAAGGUGGUGCAUUGGAUGUCGCAGCCAAAUUAUUGAUUUUAGAAGAUGAUGCGAUCAAGAACCAAUUAAUAUCCAUCUGGUCGUCAUUAGUAAGAUAUGACGUAGCCGUUCUGGCUUUAGCCAAAGAAGGUCUAACAGCUGAAAGAUUAUCCAAUGUUCCUGCUGUGAAAUUCUUCUUGAAUGCUUUAGAAGAGAAUUUGGUCAAACAAGAGAAUAUCGGGAUUCUCGAAUACAACGGACGUGAAGGAACACAAAAUGACACUGACAAUGAGAAAAACAAUGCUAAUCCCAACCAAAGUGGUACCCAGAACCCAAGCGAAAAUGAAAGUGAACAUGUCACUUUGGUGAUCCAAACAGCAGCUGUAUUGAGUACUAUAGCGAAUUUUGUUGGGGGUGGCAGGAACAGAGCGCCUAGAUUCGUUUUACGUACAUUGAGUAUGUCUGGAAUAAUGCUUAAAUCGAAUGAUGAAUUAGUUCGUCAGUGGGGAGCGUUAUUGAUUGGUGAAGUAUUAGGAUCAUUAGAUCAACCUGAAGAAAAAGGUUUGAUAGAUGGUAUCAAAGAUAGUUUAAUCAACAUGAUUGACUCUCAUAGUGUUGAAACUAGAGCUACUGCCAUAUACGCGUUAACAAGAUGGUUCCAACAAGGAAUACCAAGAUCAACUGACGAGAAUCUCCAUGGAAAUACUGAUGGUAAUGCCAGUGAUCAUACACCAAAAAAAGAAGAACAGGACAUACAAACGUCUAUCAGUAUAGUCAAAACUUUGAUCGAUCAUUCAAUGUACGAAGGGUCACCUUUAGUAAGAAGGGAAUUGGCAAGAAUGUUUAUCAGAAUGUUGGAAGUUGCAAAUGAACUGACUAAUUUAGCAAUUUGGAUUCACAUAUUACACAUCGCUCUUGAACAUCUUCCUCGAAAACGAAAAGAAGUAGAGAGGGUCAUACAAGAGACUGGAUCAAGGAUGGGAAUCACAAAUGAUAAGCUUGACAUGAUCAAAAUAAUUCAGCAAGUCAUCAAGGCUGUCUUGAUAUUCAAGCAGGAUCCUGAUCAUUAUACUGUCAAGAUGGUCGAUCAACCGUUCAGGGAUUUGAUUGCAGGUUUGUCCAUUGAAGGAGACAAAUCUCAAUGGGAAAUUAUUGCGAGAUUGACUUGCAAUCAAGCUGAACAUGACGGUCAUUCAAGAUGGAACGAAGAGUUGUUCACAACGGUUUUGAGAGCUGAGAGAAUUUUACAUGAAGCAGCGAAUGUCAACAUUCAUCACCAACAAGUUUCUAGAGAAGCUAAAAGCAGGAAAGUCAAUGAACUAAAUCAUGAUUUAUUCGAUAGGACUAAACUGGGCCUUCAAUCAUACCUAGCUGCUGGCGAAAGAUCCAAGUGUAUGAAUGAGAGAGUGAUGGAUAACCAUCAAGGUGAUUCGAUAGAAAGAACGUGGACUUUGAGACACCGAGUACUGGAAGAUAGUCUAGUGGUCGCUGAGCAACAAGUGGGACUACCUUGGAAAUGGGCUAUGAAAGAUAUUGCAGCUCCUGAUCCUUGGACUACGAUCACUUGUCAUUCAUUUCAUAGUACUGUCAUGUCAUCGAACAGAAGUCACGAUCUUCUAUUGUGGGACUGGGCAACAUCACGCAAGACUGGUCAUGUUCAUUUAGACUUACCUUCUGAUUCAGCGAUAACCUCGGCACGAUUCGUGAAUGAAUUACAUGAACAAACUGUCAUCUUAGCUGAAAUCACAAAUGGCGAUAUUCAUAUAUUGGCAGGACCACAAGAACCUUGCCAGAUCAAACCAAUAGCGAAUUUCAAGGCGUUGGAUUUAUCCUCGCCCAAAAUGAAAGUCCAAGAUGAGAUCCACAGGAAGAUUGUGACUACUUGGUUCAGAUCGAGUGGACUGUUAUGUGUCGGUGGAUGCAGUGAUCAGAUCAACGUAUGGGAUUGUCCUGCUGAAAGAUGUAUCAAGGUACUAGAGACAGACUCAACAGUACCUACUACAACUUUAAUCUCGGAACCUGUAUCAGGUAAUUUGAUCUUCGCAGGUUUGGCAAAUGGUCAAAUCAAGUUAUAUGAUUUGAGACAAAAUAGAAAGAAAGCUUUACUGUCAUGGAAGGGUGAUGUCUCUUCAUCUUCUGAUUUGGACGAUAACACCAAUACGAAUACCAAUAAAAAUGCAAAUUUGAAUGAAGAUAGUAAGAAGAGUUUGGCAGUGAUGAAAAUCGGUGUUGUUCUAGGUGAAAGCAAGAAUAUAACUUCUGCAUGCGCAAAUGGAAUUAUGAAUUCGUAUGAUCUGAGAAAUACACAUAAACCUACACAUUCAGUUUUAGCUCAUCCGAAUGGAAUUUCAUCAGCUUCGUUUCAAGCUCAUUCAGGAUUAAUGUCAACCAUGUCAAAUCUGAUUUUCACCACCAACCCUGAUAAGCAAUACUUACUCCAUCCGAACUCCAGCUCUAUACUUGGUGAAUCACCGAAACCGUCCUCGAACUUCAGUCUUCAUCGUUCCUCCCAAGGUAACUUGUAUCCCAUAACUGAAGAAACGAUCUUUUUCGAUCAUCAAUCGCCAGAAGUAGUGAAAAGCAUAUAUCAUCGUCCAUAUACCUCCAUUCAUCCUCUAAGGCCUUUCUUAGGUAUAGGCUACGGAACAACUUGUUUCUUAAGAGGUUGCGGGGAAGGCAAAGGAGACGAUACGGAUUCAGGUAGCUAUAGUUUCUUGAGAGCCCAAUCAAAGGUUUCGGCAUAA